CACAAACAAUCCUUUGCCACACAUGUGCUUCGUCCACAUAAAAACCAUUUGACGUUUUGCAGGGACCAUUUUUGAGAAAGAGGAGACAAGAAGAGAGAGAGAGAGAGGCCUCUUUAUUAUAACUUUCAAUAUGGAUCAAAGGCAGAUACACCGCAUGAGUUGUCGCUGUGAUUGUCAAGAGUUUGAACACACAAAGAAGAAAGAAGAACUCAACAUUUCAAGCAAGAAGAAAGAGAGAAGAGAGAAGGUCCAAUAAUAGAGAGAACAAAAAAAAAGAGAGCUUAAUUGUCAGUUUAUUCUCUGCAAACGUGCGGCCUAAGUAACACAUGUAUCUCUCUCUGUUUCUGAUAAAGAACUCUUCUCUGUUUACACCAAAAAGAGACAAAACCUUACGCUUCUGUCCUUUUUUGUUUAUCUCUCUCUCUCUCUUAAGUCUUAACACAAAACCAAUUUCUUUUUUUUCGUGACUCAGGUCGAAUUAUGGAGUUAAAGAGCUCACAUGGGAAAAUGGGCAACUAACCGUUCAUGGUCUAGGCGACGAAGUAGAACCAACCACCUCGAAUAACCCUAUUUGGACUCAAAGUCUCAACGGUUGUGAGACUUUGGAGUCUGUGGUUCAUCAAGCGGCUCUACAGCAGCCAAGCAAGUUUCAGCUGCAGAGUCCGAAUGGUCCAAACCACAAUUAUGAGAGCAAGGAUGGAUCUUGUUCAAGAAAACGCGGUUAUCCUCAAGAAAUGGACCGAUGGUUCGCUGUUCAAGAGGAGAGCCAUAGAGUUGGCCACAGCGUCACUGCAAGUGCGAGUGGUACCAAUAUGUCUUGGGCGUCUUUUGAAUCCGGUCGGAGCUUGAAGACAGCUAGAACCGGAGACAGAGACUAUUUCCGCUCUGGAUCGGAAACUCAAGAUACUGAAGGAGAUGAACAAGAGACAAGAGGAGAAGCAGGUAGAUCUAAUGGACGACGGGGACGAGCAGCAGCGAUUCACAACGAGUCCGAAAGGAGACGGCGUGAUAGGAUAAACCAGAGGAUGAGAACACUUCAGAAGCUGCUUCCUACUGCAAGUAAGGCGGAUAAAGUCUCAAUCUUGGAUGAUGUUAUCGAACACUUGAAACAGCUACAAGCACAAGUACAGUUCAUGAGCCUAAGAGCCAACUUGCCACAACAAAUGAUGAUUCCGCAACUACCUCCACCACAGUCAGUUCUCAGCAUCCAACACCAACAACAACAACAACAACAGCAGCAGCAGCAGCAACAACAGCAGCAACAGUUUCAGAUGUCGUUGCUUGCAACAAUGGCAAGAAUGGGAAUGGGAGGUGGUGGAAAUGGUUAUGGAGGUUUAGUUCCUCCUCCUCCUCCUCCACCAAUGAUGGUCCCUCCUAUGGGUAACAGAGACUGCACCAACGGUUCUUCAGCCACAUUAUCUGAUCCAUACAGCGCCUUUUUCGCACAGACAAUGAAUAUGGAUCUCUACAAUAAAAUGGCAGCAGCUAUCUAUAGACAACAGUCUGAUCAAACAACAAAGGUAAAUAUCGGCAUGCCUUCAAGUUCUUCGAAUCAUGAGAAAAGAGAUUAGUCUAGCGACCUAGUAUUAUUGAUCCAUAUAUAUAGUUCUUGAAAGAUUGUUGUAUCAUGAUUGUAAAAACUGUUUUGAGUAUGGAAAAAGACUUGCAGAUAAAACUUGAAAGCUUCACAACUGAAUUCAGUAACUGUCAAAGUACAUUACUAAACCCUUUGCUAUUUCGAGGACAGUAACAAGAAAAUUAUCUCUUGGUCGCUCUUGAAGUUUAAAAUCUUCAAUGUUAAUAGAUCAUAUGCACAAAUAAACUUUUGUCUUUUUUUCUUUCUUUCAUUGUUCGGAGACCAAAGGUCUAACCUUAGAAGCAGAUGUUGUGGCCUUGCUCUGAGGUUUGUGAGAUGUCUUAUUAGUGUCCUGAAGAGAGAUAACAGUUUCAAAA